AUGUCUCUUUAUUCUAUUCGAUCUUCCAGAACUCCUAAACGUAGUUCCGACAUGGGGUUUCCCAAGGAUAGUUCGGUUCUUGAACCUUUACAAAAUAAUUGGAAUCGUAGUGGUAUAACAGACUCUCAAAUUCUUGAUAAUAUAGAUGAAGAUGUUGAAUCAGAAUCACUAGCAUUUCAAUUAUGUCAUCAUGAUAAUUUAUAUCCUGAAUAUUUUAAACAUAUGAAUGCUGGUAGAAUGAAGCCAGCAUUAACAUGUGUUCUAAUAUUAUGUAUUUUUGGUAUUAUUCUUCAUUCAAUAAAUGAAGAUUGGAUAAAAUUAGCAAUUUUAUCUUCUAUUACAAUUAUUUUAUUUAUUUCAUGCUGUUUGACAAAAUCUAAUGCUUAUGUGAUCUCAAUUUUAAUAGUUAUUACUAGUGGAAUACUGUUGGGAACAAUACCAAUAUUGCUUCAUUCUUCUUCUGUGCUAACAAUAAUUACUGUAGCAACACAUUGUGUUCAUUUUUCGGAUUGGCGUAGUUUAAUUGCAGAAUUUAUUCUAUUGUUAGGAAUGAACAUAAUAGGAAUUUUUGUUUAUUAUCCUAUAGAACUAGUACAAAGAAAAACUUUUCGUGAAACAAGAAGAUGUGUUGAGACUAGAAUGGCAUUAGUUAAAGAAAAUGAAAAACAAGAAAAUAUAUUACUAUCAGUUAUACCAAAACAUAUUGCCUGGGAAAUGAAAAGAGAUUUUGAUGCUAAUGAUGAUACAAGAUUAUUUCAUAAAAUUUAUAUAAGAAAACAUGAAAAUGUUUCAAUAUUAUUUGCUGAUAUUUGUGGUUUUACAAAUUUAGCAUCUGAAUGUUCAGCACAAGAUUUAGUUAGAACAUUAAAUGAAUUAUUUGCAAGAUUUGAUGAAAUAGCUCAUCAAAAUCAUUGUAUGAGAAUUAAAAUAUUAGGUGAUUGUUAUUAUUGUGUAUCAGGUCUUCCUGAUGGUCGUCCUGAUCAUGCUAUAUGUGCUGUACAAAUGGGUCUUGAAAUGAUUGAAGCAAUAAAAUUAGUUAGAGAAUUAUCUGGUGUAAAUGUUAAUAUGCGUGUAGGUAUUCAUACAGGAAAAAUUCAUUGUGGAAUAUUAGGUUUAAAAAAAUGGAUGUUUGAUGUAUGGAGUGAUGAUGUUACAUUGGCAAAUCAUAUGGAAAGUGGUGGAUUACCGGGAAGAAUUCAUAUUACAGAGGCAACAUUAAAUGCAUUAAAUGGUACAUUUAAUGUUGAACUUGGAAAUGGUGAUACAAGAUCAAGUUAUUUAGCUGAUCAUAAAGUUAAAACAUAUUUUGUUAUACCAGAUGAAAAUAAAGUUGUAAUUCCACAUCAACAAACAGUUGCAAAAGCAUCAAAUAAAUGUUUUGAAAUAACAGGAUUUGAUAAACCUGGUAAUCAAAAAAGAGAUAUAUCAAAAGGUAUUGAUGAAGAAGUUGAAAAUUAUUUAAUGCAAGGAAUUAAAGCAAUAAAUAAAGAAUCAUGGAAAUCACAAUAUUGUAAACCAGGAAGUCUCAUAUUUAAAAAAGGAAAAAUGGAAGAUAAAUUUUUAAGAUAUAAAGAAAAUUCAGUAUUAGGUCAAAUUUCAUGUGCACUAACAAUAUUUGCACUUGCAUCAGGGGUUUUAUGUACUGGGGGUUUAUUUAAUGAAAAAGUAGCAACUGCAGGAGCAACAUCAGUUGUAAUUAUUAUAACAAUAGUUGGAUAUAUUAUCCUACGAAAUAUUUUAAAUCGUCAACCAAAACAAUACCAUUUAAGUCGUUUUUAUAAAUUUAUAUUUAUCUUAGGAAUGUUCUUUUUAUCAACAUACUUUAUAUUUUUACAAUUUUUUAUUGAUCCAGUAUCAAGUUGUCAUUUUCGUUGUAUAGAAAAAGAUAAUAAUAAUAAUACAGCAAGUAUUUAUGGUGAUGGAAAAUGUACAUCAAAUGAAAGUUUUGAUCAUCUUCCAAUAGAAAUUAUUUUAGAUUGUACAUUACUUAUUAUGUUAUCAGUUUGUGUAUUUAUGUCAUUACUUGCACUUGAAAAAAUGUUAAUUACAAUAGUUUUGUGUGCAUGUUGUUUGAUUGCUAUUUGGUUUGUACCAUUUCCAGAUUUAAUGAAUUCACAAUUUUUUUUAUGGGCAAAAGUUAAUACAGAAUUAGAUAAAAUGUCAUUAUUUGAAAAGAUGAAUCAGUAUUGUAUUGAUGGUAAUAAUACAGAUAAUUUUUUAAAAUAUUCAUUUACAUUUCUUGUAUUUUUUGCUUUUGUUUUAAUAUCACUUCAAAGUCGACGAUCAGAACUUAUUGCUAGGUAUGAUUUUAUAUGGAAACUUCAAGCUAUUGAUGAAAAAGUAGAAAUGGAAAAGAAACAUCAACAAAAUAGAAAAGUAUUAGAAAAUAUACUUCCUGCACAUGUAGCAAAUCAUUUUUUAACAACACUUCCAACAAAUCGUUCUGAAUUAUAUAGUGAGGCAAGAGAUAAUGCAUGUAUUAUUUUUGCUACAUUAACAGAAUUUAAUAAAUUUUAUAUGGAAUUAGAUGCAAAUAAUGAAGGUGUUGAAUGUCUUAGAUUAUUAAAUGAAAUUAUAGCAGAUUUUGAUGAAAUAUUAAAUCGUGAUGAAUUUAGUUGUAUAGAGAAGAUUAAAACAAUUUCAACAACUUAUAUGGCUGCCAGUGGAUUAUCUGGUAAUUUAAAAGGUAAUCGUCAUAUUGUAGCUGUUGUUAAAUAUGCAAUUGAAUUAUUAAAAAAAAUUGAAUAUAUAAAUCAUCAUUCAUUUAAUAAUUUUAAUUUGAGAAUUGGUAUUAAUGUUGGUCCAGUUGUUGCGGGUGUUAUUGGUAUGGAUAAACCACAUUAUGAUAUAUGGGGAAAUUCUGUUAAUGUAGCUAGUAGAAUGGAUAGUAGUGGAAUUCCUGGAAAAAUUCAAGUAACUGAAGAGGUAAAACAAAUAUUAGAAAAAGAAAAUUUUGAAUUUGAAUGUCGCGGUGAAAUAAAUGUUAAAGGAAAGGGUAUUAUGACAACGUAUUUUUUAAAAGUGUCUCCAGAGCAAUAA